AUGUUAAGGAUUCCUGUGAGAAGGGCCUUAGUAGGCCUUUCUAAGUCUCCUAAAGAAUAUGUUCGAACAACUGCCACAGCAGCAAGCAACUUAAUUGAAGUAUUUGUUGAUGGCCAACCUGUCAUGGUGGAACCAGGAACUACUGUCCUCCAAGCUUGUGAGAAGGUUGGCAUGCAGAUCCCUCGAUUCUGUUAUCAUGAAAGGCUGUCAAUUGCUGGAAACUGCAGGAUGUGCCUUGUUGAAAUUGAGAAAGCUCCUAAGGUUGUAGCUGCUUGUGCCAUGCCAGUAAUGAAAGGUUGGAAUAUCUUGACAAACUCAGAGAAAUCUAGAAAAGCCAGGGAAGGUGUGAUGGAGUUCUUAUUGGCAAAUCACCCAUUGGACUGCCCUAUUUGUGAUCAGGGAGGCGAAUGUGAUCUGCAGGACCAGUCCAUGAUGUUUGGAAGUGAUAGGAGCCGGUUUUUAGAGGGGAAACGUGCUGUGGAGGACAAGAACAUUGGGCCGUUGGUAAAGACCAUUAUGACUAGAUGUAUACAAUGUACUCGCUGCAUUAGGUUUGCAAGUGAGAUUGCAGGAGUAGAUGAUUUGGGAACAACAGGCAGAGGAAAUGAUAUGCAAGUUGGCACUUACAUUGAAAAGAUGUUUAUGUCUGAGCUGUCUGGGAAUAUCAUUGAUAUCUGCCCUGUAGGUGCCCUGACAUCUAAGCCCUAUGCCUUCACUGCCCGGCCUUGGGAAACAAGAAAGACAGAGUCUAUUGACGUAAUGGAUGCAGUUGGAAGUAAUAUUGUGGUAAGCACAAGGACUGGAGAGGUGAUGAGAAUUUUGCCAAGAAUGCAUGAGGACAUUAAUGAAGAGUGGAUCUCUGAUAAAACCAGAUUUGCCUAUGAUGGGCUAAAACGUCAAAGACUUACCGAGCCGAUGGUCAGAAAUGAAAGAGGGCUUUUAACCUAUACCUCCUGGGAGGAUGCACUCUCUCGUGUAGCCGGAAUGUUGCAGACUUUUAAAGGCAAAGAUGUAGCAGCAAUUGCAGGUGGCUUGGUGGAUGCUGAAGCCCUAGUAGCUCUCAAAGAUUUGCUUAAUAGAGUGGACUCUGACACCCUGUGCACUGAAGAGGUCUUCCCCACGGCAGGAGCUGGCACAGAUUUGCGUUCCAAUUAUCUUCUUAAUACUACAAUUGCUGGUGUGGAAGAGGCAGAUGUUGUCCUUCUGGUUGGUACAAAUCCACGUUUUGAGGCACCACUAUUUAAUGCUAGAAUUCGAAAGAGCUGGCUUCAUAAUGACUUAAAAGUGGCCCUUAUAGGCAGCCAAGUGGAUCUCACUUACAGAUACGACCAUCUGGGAGAUUCUCCCCAAAUUCUUCAAAACAUUGCUUCGGGUACCCAUCCAUUCAGCCAGGUCCUAAAGGAAGCUAAAAAACCUAUGGUGGUUUUAGGUAGUUCUGCUCUCCAAAGAAAUGAUGGGGCAGCAAUUCUUGCAGCUGUUUCCAGUAUUGCUCAAAAGAUUCGGAUGAGCAGUGGUGUUGCCGGUGAUUGGAAAGUUAUGAAUAUCCUUCAUAGGAUUGCCAGCCAAGUAGCUGCUUUAGACCUGGGCUAUAAGCCUGGGGUGGAAGCAAUUCGAAAGAACCCUCCCAAAGUGUUGUUUCUCCUGGGAGCAGAUGGAGGCUGUAUCACUCGACAGGAUUUGCCAAAGGAUUGUUUCAUUAUUUAUCAAGGACAUCAUGGUGAUGUUGGAGCUCCAAUAGCUGAUGUUAUUCUCCCAGGAGCAGCUUACACAGAGAAGUCUGCUACUUAUGUGAAUACCGAGGGCCGAGCUCAGCAGACUAAAGUAGCAGUGACACCUCCUGGCUUGGCGAGAGAAGACUGGAAAAUCUUAAGAGCCCUCUCAGAGAUUGCAGGCAUAACUCUUCCAUAUGAUACUCUGGAUCAAGUAAGGAACAGAUUGGAAGAAGUCUCUCCUAAUCUUGUUCGAUAUGAUGAUGUUGAAGGAGCUAAUUAUUUCCAGCAAGCAAGUGAGCUCUCCAAGCUAGUGAACCAGCAACUACUUGCUGAUCCUCUUGUUCCACCUCAACUAACAAUAAAAGACUUCUAUAUGACAGAUUCAAUCAGCAGAGCCUCACAGACAAUGGCCAAAUGUGUUAAAGCUGUCACAGAGGGAGCCCAGGCAGUAGAGGAACCAUCCAUAUGCUGA